UUUAGUCUGCUGUUUCAUUGUCCCUAUUAAAUGCUUGCAGCUACUCCUCACCUUCUUUGCCUCUCAAAAUUGCUUGAAUUCUGAGAGGACUCUCUCUCUCUCUCUCUCUCUCUCUCCCUCUCUUUCUCUCUCUCAAAAUGAAAUUUAAUGCUUCUGGUAGCCUCUCAGAAUGUUGUCUCCUUGUGAAAAUACAUUCAUUUAUUUCUACAUUCUCUCCCUCCUAUCAUUUUGAUUCCACCCCCCCCCCUCUCUCUCUCUCUCUCUCUCUCUCUCUCUCUGCUACAAUAACAAACACAUGAAACUUUAGUCCUUGAUGAGCUCAAAUUUUAAUUUUGCUAGUACUAGUUUCUGAUAUCUUUAUUAAUCAUUGGUCUAACUAAUUUUGAAAAUUAAUAAUUGGCACCAUAGUUGAAGUUUCUUUUUUACCUGAAAAUGGAAAUCCUCUCAUCCUUCUCUUGUAAACUCAGCAAGUUAUUCAACAAUCCAUCAGCAAAUUCAUCUGCAAAGGCCCUCAAAGUUAUUUUCCACGAUUUUCCGGGGGGACCGGAGGGAUUCGAGCUCUUCGCCAGAUUCUGCUACAAAAAUGGUGAUCUUCAAAUAACACCCUCCAACACUCCCCUCCUCCACUGCAUUGCCCACUUCAUGGAAAUGUCUAAGGCCACCCUCUCUUCCUCCCCAUGCUUGAUCAAUUCGACCCGAAAAUCUCUCGAAAUGAUCCAAUUUUGGACCUGGUCCGACACCGUGAACUCGCUGAAGCAAUGCCAAGAACUCUCUGCAAUUUCCGGUUCUUCGGCGGUGUUAAACAAGAUCUUAGACUCACUUUUAGCGAGAAUCGCUGCUAUAAGCGAUGCUAGCCCGUCCGACUCGCCGGAGAGCUCUGCUUUGCGGUUCUCGUGCGAUACGAGAAGCACCGUCAGCGUGAAAACUGGCAAUUCCCGAUCUUGGUGGUUCGAAGAUCUCGUAUUAUUGGACCCUCGCAUGAUCGAAAAAGUUAUCAAGGGAAUGCUUUCUCGGAAAAUCGAGCAUGGAACUAUCAGCAGGUUCCUCUUUUACUAUCUCAAGUCUAGAUUAUCGAAUGCCGCACUUUAUGAGAAGAAGAAGAAGGCCACUGAAGUUACCAUUGAGCUUCUCAAUUGUCUCGACGUAAACUCGGUUUCUUGCAAGCGAUUGUUCGGGAUUUUAAGAGUAUCUUCGUCUCUGAAGAUAAGCAGAGCUUGUCGAAGUACGUUGGAGGCGAUGAUAGGGGCCCAAAUUGAUCAAGCUUCGUUGGAUAAUCUGCUGAUUCCGUCGUCAACCUUGAUUGACAGCAUUUAUGAUGUGAAUCUAAUCUUGAGGUUCUUGAAGUCCUUUCUUGAUAUCGUGGGGAAGGAGCUGGUCGCGCGAUUGAAGAGGGUCGGGAGAUUAAUGGACUUGUACUUGGCUGAAGUUGCUCCUGAUUCUUGCUUGAAGCCCGCAAAGUUUGUCGCGCUGAUAGCUUCUCUCCCAGACGCGGCACGAGAUUGUCACGACGCCAUUUAUCGAGCAAUCGACAUGUAUCUCGAGGUUCACUCUCAACUGUCUGAUGAAGAGAAGAUGAAGAUAUGCUGUUGCAUAAACUACGAGAAGCUCUCCUCAGAGUGUUGCAAGCACCUCGCGAAGAACGCGAAAUUCCCGUCAAGGAUAACAAUACAAGCUCUCGUAUCUCAGCACUCGAAGCUCAGGAGCCUUCUCCAAGACACCAACAACAUCAAAUCUACUCAAAAAUCUCCCCUCAAGGGGAAACAGUGCGAGGAUGGCGAACAGAUCAUUCUCUACGCCAAAAAGCUUGAUUUGUCAAUAGAAAAUGAGAAGCUCAAAGCCCAUCUUCAAGGUAUGCAUUGGAGGGUCAUGGAAUUGGAGAAAGUGUGCAAGAAAAUGCAGACCCAGAUGACAAGUAUCAUGAAAAGCAGGAAACAUCCUGCUACUGGUGGGUCAAGAUCACUUCCUAGGCUCUGUUCAUGAUUAGUUCAGUUUUUAUUUUAGAGCUUUUUUGUGUGGUAUGGGAUGAUGUGAUUUUUGUACAUAGUAUUAUUAUUGGCAAGUGGAAUUUUCAGAGUAUCUAUCUGCAAUGUUACUAUUGUCUAUAAAGCUAGCUGAUUGAGAGCAGUGUCUUUAUCAGAAGAAAAUGAGAGAUCAUUGGCUUUGUUCA